AUUGCCAUCAGCAUCACUCCCACCAGGACUUCGUGGAUGAGCCAUUUGAAACGACUUCUUCAUGGUGAAGCUCUUCCUGCAAAUAUGUUAAUCUAAAACUCUCGCUUACAAGCAAAAAUAGAGAGAAGAAAUUGAAAAAUGGCGACAGUGUCCCCUCUGGCGAAAUACAAGCUGGUAUUCUUAGGCGAUCAAUCCGUUGGCAAGACCAGCAUCAUCACCCGCUUCAUGUACGAUAAGUUCGACACCACUUACCAGGCCACUAUAGGAAUUGAUUUUUUGUCAAAAACAAUGUAUCUUGAAGAUCGAACAGUUCGAUUGCAGCUUUGGGAUACUGCUGGGCAGGAGAGAUUCAGGAGUCUUAUUCCAAGUUAUAUUAGAGAUUCUUCAGUUGCAGUAGUUGUCUAUGAUGUAGCUAAUAGGCAAUCAUUUUUAAACACUUCUAAGUGGAUUGAAGAGGUACGCACAGAACGAGGCAGUGAUGUCAUUAUCGUCCUUGUUGGGAACAAAACUGAUUUGGUUGAUAAAAGGCAGGUUUCUAUAGAGGAAGGUGAUAACAAGGCUCGUGAAUUUGGAGUCAUGUUCAUAGAAACCAGCGCAAAAGCAGGAUUCAACAUCAAGCCUCUAUUCCGCAAGAUUGCUGCUGCCUUACCAGGGAUGGAAACGCUUUCUUCAACAAAACAGGAAGACAUGGUUGACGUGAACUUGAAGCCCACCGUCAAUUCAUCCCAGAAGACAGAGCAGCAAGGAGGGGGUUGUGCGUGUUAAGAGAAAUGUAUUUACUAAUAACCCAAGAGAGAAAAGUAAGCAUUCAAGCAGUUGAUUCAACCAUCAAAUACCCAAGUAAAUUUAGCAAACACGGUAAAGGAUUUUGGUCGUGCGGUAGAUUGUUUUCAUCUCUUAAUGUUAUUUUCCUCAUAGUUUACGGAACUUUUCUUCAACUCUUCUUCCAUGCAUCGCAUAGUAAGUAGAGUAAAACUAUUUUAUUUGUCUCAGAAAUUUCCGUCUAGGAUAGCCAUUCAUUGUGUGAUUGGGAUUGGGGUUUUUAACGUUCAAAAUUAUUCUUUUAUGAGAAUUUUCUACACAUUCCAUUCUAUAUAAAAUGAUACUGAAAAUGAAAGCAUUGUUCUGCGUAAAAGGUUACAUUAUAUCUGGUAUUGUUUUUUUUUCUAGAAAAAUAAGUGCUUACAAGGUGGGGUGGGGCAACAAACUACAUUUUAAAAUGAUAAAAGACGAGAAUUUUGACCAUAAUUUGGAUAGAAAGAGUGAUUAACAGCUCAAAGUUUCACAGCUUGAGAAGAUCCAAGGUUUUGGACUUUUGGGUUAAAUGUUUAACCAAAUCCAAGUCCACCCCGACAACCAGUGCCCUUUGAGAUUGACAGCCAUCAUCGAGUCAUAAAGAUAAAAG